UUUGGCUCCAGCCUUAAAGGGACACGCACGUCCUGCUCGCCUCUCUCCUUCCCUUCAAGGAUGGCUUCUCUUUACUCUUCCUUCUCUUCCAGGCUUUGGCUGCCUUUGCUCCUCCUCCAGGUGAGCGCAGAUCCGUACACGCCGCCAUCCCCAAACAAAUGCCGAAACCCACAAACGGAGCAUUACGUCGAAGGCAUCAAGAAAUGUUGCCGGUCAUGUCCUCCAGGUUUCCGCGUCUUGCACGCUUGCACUGAGAGCGCCGAUACACAGUGCGAAUCCUGCGACGAAGGGAUGUACACGACCGCCUGGAGCCGGGCCGAACGCUGCUUUAGUUGCAUCCCCUCAUGCAAAGCAGGAUUCGUGGAAGUGAAGCCCUGCACCCGAACUCAGGACCGGUGCUGCUGGUGCCCGCCAGACCAGUUCUGCAAAGUGAAGCUCUCGCAGACUUGCUUCCAGUGCUCCCAGUUCCAAGCCUGCGGGAAAGGCUAUGGCGUCACGAAGCCAGGAACCAACGCCAGUGACGUGGAGUGUGCUCCGUGUGGACCCGGCACCUUUUCGGACGUGGAGUCCCGCACGGCCGCCUGCCUUCCCCACAAGAGGUGCGCGUCCGUGACGGAGCCUGGAAACAGCACCCACGACGCCGUCUGCGGCGGGAUGACGGGUGUCGCAACCCGUGUAACCCGUGCAACCCAUUCGCUGCACAACCCGGCCAGGAGCACCAACGUACCUCUUUCUACUCCUCCGAGUAAGGAUCCCAUGCUCGCUGUCCAGAACGAAGAGGCUCCGACGGACCUUUCGUCCAAAGCCGGCUGGGCGGCCGGCGGGAUGUUCGCCCUCCUCGUCCUGAUCGCAGGGACCCUUCUCUUCGUGGCCUUUCGGAACAGAGACCGUGAUUGCGCUCUACCGUUUCGCAAAGACGAAAAGCUCUUUGCGUUGAUAGGGAAAGGAGCCUCCCAGCAAAGGAUUCCUCCGUCGAAUGGAGUGGAUCGCGACGGCACCCACGUCAACGUCAACUGCAUCGUGAGCGUCUGCAGGUCGGGCCGCACCUCGGAGUCCCAUCCGCUGAAGGGUUCGGACCCCGAGUUCCGCCCUCUCGCGGAGGACGAAAUCCCGCUCUCCGAGGAAGAAAGCCACCACAAGCAAACGGCCGUGGAAGUGGAGGACGACGACACGGACUCCCCCGAGUGCGGUGAGGGAAAGCUCCCUCCACUGAGUGUACAAGACGUCGGCAUGAAGUCGGCAUGAGAAUCAAUUCUUCUUGCAACAGCAAACAAAUGUGGGGCUGGGCCUCAUUGGUUGGCAAACAAAGAGUAAACAACUCCUUAUUGAACACGAGAAAUUCCAAAAAAUGCUAUGUUUCCUCACAUAAUAGUCGCACCCCCCAAAUUAGUAGAAGUUUUGUAUUCCUUGAAUAAUAGUCGUAGAGCUGAAUCUUGCAGUGCGAGAAAUUCCAAAAAAUGCCACGUGUCCUCACAUAAUAGUCGCACCCACAAAUUAGUAUUUUUGUGUUUCUCGCAUAAUAGUCGCAGAGCUGAAUCGUGCAACGCGAGAAAUUCCCAAAAAUGCCAUGUUUCCUCACAUAAUAGUCGCACCCACAAAUUAGUAUUUUUGUGUUUCUCGCAUAAUAGUCGCAGAGCUGAAUCUUGCAGCGCGAGAAAUUCCAAAAAAUGCCAUGUGUCCUCACAUAAUAGUCGCACCCACAAAUUAGUAUUUUUUGUGUUUCUCGCAUAAUAGUCGCAGAGCUGAAUCUUGCAACGCGAGAAAUUCCAAAAAAUGCCACGUUUCCUCACAUACUAGUUGCACCCACAAAUUAGUAUUUUUGUGUUUCUCGCAUAAUAGUCGCAGAGCUGAAUCGUGCAACGCGAGAAAUUCCAAAAAAUGCCAUGUUUCCUCACAUAAUGGUCGCACCCACAAAUUAGUAUUUUUGUGUUUCUCGCAUAAUAGUCGCAGAGCUGAAUCGUGCAACGCGAGAAAUUCCAAAAAAUGCCAUGUUUCCUCACAUAAUAGUCGCACCCACAAAUUAGUAUUUUUGUGUUUCUCGCAUAAUAGUCACAGAGCUGAAUCUUGCAACGCGAGAAAUUCCCAAAAAUGCCACAUUUCCUCACAUAAUAGUCGCACCCACAAAUUAGUAUUUUUGUGUUUCUCGCAUAAUAGUCACAGAGCUGAAUCUUGCAACGGCAAACGAAUGUGGGGGAGCUCAUUGGUUUGCAAACAAACAGUAAACAACGCCCUAUUUAACGUGGGAUAUUCCAAAAAAAAAGACACAUUUCCUCACACAAUAGUCGCACCCACAAAUUAGUAAAUGUUUUAUAUUCCUCGCACAAUAGUCGCAGAGCUGAAUUUCGGACGCCUUUCCUCACAUAACGUCCAAAGCAUUUCAGAGAAGACGAGCUGUACAGUGCAUAUAGAAAGCAUAUUAAGACAUCAUAUAUAUAUAUAUAUAUAUAUAUAUAUAUACCCACAUACAUAUACAUAUAAAUAUGUACACACUUAUCUAAAAAUCCAAAAUAUUUCCGGUGCAAAGGAUAUUAUACGAAGUACCAAAGCGUCCGUCUGUGCAAUAUAUAUAUAUAUAUAUAUAUAUAUAUAUAUAUAUAUAUAAUGUGUGUGAUAUAUAUAUAUAUAUAUAUAAAUACAGUAUAUGUGUGUGUGUGUCUAUAUAUAUAUAUAUAUAUAUAUAUAUAUAUAUAUAUAUGGUUUCCAAGUGACGUUUCAGUUUGCAAUUUCUCAUUUUUAUCAUGCAAUGUAAAUAGAUUGUGAUAUAUAUAUAGAGAGAACUAGAUUGCGAUAGAUUUAUAUAUAUAGAGAGAGAGAGAGAGAGAGAAAGGAAAUAUUUUAUCUUUUGUAUGUGAGCCUUUUAAAGCUUUCGACCUGAGCCAUGAUUUGUAAGAUUUUGCAAUUGCGCAGUUUUGUAAAUGUUUUAAAUACCUUCCUUUAUUCAUCCUAUAUUUUUCUAUAUUUUUUUGUAAUGCCUUGUUGUGCUGCUCUGGGGCAAAAUAAAAUCUCACGUUUCCGCGGA